AUGGCACAACGGCUCUUGCAGACAGAACAGCAGUAUGAGACUACCCUCAGGCUUCGGCAAACUGAUCAUGAAGCAGAAAUGAACAAGCUCCUGCAAGACCUGGCAAGCGAGCGGGAAGGGCACCAUUCAGAGGUGCAGGAGAUGCUGGAGCAAUGGAAAAAAGAGAAGGCAGAGACAGAAGGGGAGCACGAGAAGAAGCUGUUUGAUAUGAAGCAGAAAGUUGCUACCAUGCACGCUCAACAAGAAGAGGAACGAAUCAGAGUUGAAAAUGCCAAGCAAGAGGUCCUGCUAGAAAAGGAGAGUGAGAAGGAUGCUUUGUUAGAGACACUACUCCAAACUCAGGGAGAGCUAAGAGAAGCCUGCCAGCAGCUGGAGCAGCUCAGGCAGGAGGUGGAAGAGCAGCGAGAGAAUGGGCAGAACAUCACGGAAAAGCUGCAGGCAGAACUGCAGGAAGGCCAGAGUAAGAUCGAGGCCGUGGAGAAUAGGCACAAGGAAGAAAUGAAAACCAUCAAAGAGGAACUGAAUAUCCUUCUUCAGCAGAGGGAUGCUCUACAAAAACAGGUGGAAGAGCUGACAUCUCAGCUAGCAGCCUCUGAAGAGUCCCAGCAAAUGAUUGGCCACAAAGCUCAGCAAGAUCUGAGUGAGGCACAGGAACUGUCAAGGCAGAAGGCGCUGGAGGUUAUACACCUCCAGAAGAUCCUGGAGGAGAAGAGGAAACAAUGGGAGGAGGUAGAAAAUCAGAACAAGGAGCUGCAAGUGUGUCUGCAGUCUUUGGAGGGGGAAAGGAGUCGUUGGGAAGAAGUGGAGUGUCAUAACACAGAAUUUCAGGCUUCGUUGAAGGUCCUAGAGAGUGAAAAAGCCAGGCUGACUCUGUCUCUGGAAGAGAAGGAACUGAGCCUCAGAACCCUGGAAGAAAACAACCUUGCCCAGCACAACGAGGUGUCUCAGCUUCUUUCUGCUCUUCACCAGGCCCAGCAGCUCCAUUCAGACCACAGAAGAGAAAUACAAGAGCUCAACAACCAGAUACAGUCGCUGCAGGACGUAGUGCUGGAGAAGGAGGCUGGCCUGGCAACUCGAGAGAAGCAGCUGCUACAGGAGCUGGAGGAGUCCCGCGCAGACGAACGCUGCUUGAGGGACUCUCUGUGCGCGCUGGAGGCUGAGAUGUCUGAACUGCGUUUGAGGCUUUGUAGCGCAGAGAACAGAGCAAAGGCGUUGGCCAUCGAGUGUCAGCAGGCUAACAGUGCCCACGGUGAAGCCCGAUCCCAGCUGGACAAACUGCACGUGGUUCUCCACCGCAUGAUCUGUGACAGCAGAGACUCUCUUGAACCAGAAUGGCUUCUCUCUUCAGAACAGGGUCAUGUCUGGGGCCUGACUGUUUCUCAGGCCAGGGACCUCCCUGCAGAGCUCACAGUGGACAGAGUGGCAGCAGCCCUACAAGACCUGCAUCAGCACUUGAAGCAGACUCAGCAAGAUCUGAAUGAUGCGAGGAAGAAGAUACAGGGCUUGGAGCUGGAGCUGAGCGAGAGGCAAGCUGAGAGGGACCAUUUCAGUGUCCACAAUCACGAGCUGCAGAAACAGUUGGCUCAAAGCCAGGAAGAGAGACAGAUGGCAGAGCACAAGAAGAACUCUCUACAGGCUGCCUUCCAGGAAGAGGCCGCUGCUCUAAAGGAGGAGGCUAUGACUCUGCAUCAAGAGGUGGCGUCUUUGGAAAGGAAACUCGAGACCACUGAGAAACAGAGACAGGAUGUCCUGCAUGAACGGGACAGACUGCAAGCACUUAAAGAAAAACUGGUAUGGGAGAUAAAACUUCUUCAGGAAUCAGUCACAGCCUCUGAAACCCGAGCAAAUACAGCGACAGAUAUGAAUCACUCCCUUGAACAAGAACUCCAGACUACAUUGUCUAUCUUAAAAAUGAAAAAUGAGGAAGUGGAAACGCAGCGGGAGAAAAUCCAGAUGCUAAAGAAAGAGGCAGCAGAGGUAAAAGCUUUGCAGGAGAAUCUCACUCAUAUGACUGCCAUCCUGUCAGAGAGGGAGGAAGAGACGAAGUUAUACCAGGAACAGAUGGGAAUGCUGGAAAAGCAGAAAGAAAUGCAUAAAACUACUCUUGAUCAGGUUAUUAAGGACAUAACAGAGAAAAAACAGAAGACAGAAUCCCAGCAAGAGCACAUACAGGAGCUGGAGAAGCGGCAAGAAGAACAAAGGAUUGCUGUAAGCAAAAUGAGCAAAGAGCUGGAAGAGAGAGACUGGGAGAUCAGAGCCCAGCAAGAAGAGAUACAGGAGCUGGAGAAGCAGCGAGAAAUACAGAGGACUGCUGUGAGCAAGAUGAGCAAAGAGCUGGAGGAGAGGGACCAGGAAAUCAGAUCUCAGCAAGAACAGAUACAGGAGCUGGAGAAGCAGCAAGAAUUGCAAAGGACUGCUGUGAGCAAGAUGAGCAAAGAGCUGGAGGAGAGGGACCAGGAGAUCGGAUCCCAGCGUGAACAGAUACAGGAGCUGGAGAAGCAGCAACAGAUGCAGAGGACUGCUAUCAGCAAGAUGAGCAAAGAGCUGGAGGGGAGAGACCAGGAGAUCAAAUUUCAGGAGGGGAAGAUAAUGAUUCUAGAACAACAUGGUACAUCAGAAGUGAGAAAUCUGGUUGUGGAUCUUGAUCGUCUGAGAGGAAACUUGGAGGAGAGAAACUUGGAGCUUAUGUCUCUGACUCAGCAGAUCCAAGAACUGGAAAGGGAGAAAGAACAGGUGAAAUCUCUGCACGCAAGCCUCGAACACCUGAGGGCAGCUCUUAAGGACAGAGAGAGCGAGUGUGAUUCUCAAAGGCAUCAGUUAAGACUCUUGCAGCAGUACAAGGAACAGCAAGAGGGGUACCUGCAAGAGCUUCACGGUAAAGUAGAAAAGAUGACACUUGCUUUGUCUCAAAAAGAUCAAGAGCUUGAGUCACAAGAAAAGCAAAUCCAGGAAGCUGAAGAAGUCAUGGAAAUGCAGUUAAGGACUGUCCGUGACCAACUGGAGCAGGCCUUAGAAACCUUAAAAGAAAAGGACAGACUCAUAGACACCCAAAAGCAGCAAAUGAGGAGCUACGAGGAAAAACCAGAAGAACAGCUGAAGGUCUUACGCAGAGACUUAGAAUACACUAUGGCAAUACUGAAAGAAAAGGAUUUCAUGAUUGAAUCUCAGAAGGAACUGAUUGCGACCUUCCAAAAAGCAGAACAAGACUCUGGAGAGCAGAAGGAAAUUCUGCAGCAUCUAGAAGCGGCCCUAAAGGAGAAAGAGCAAGAAAUUGUAUCCCUUAGAAAGCCAUGUGAGGCAUGCAAGGAACAGGAGGAAAAGCAUGAAGCUAAGCAAACAAAUCUUCAAGCAAUAAAACUGACUCUGAAAGAAAGAGAAAAAAAGAUAGGGGUUCUAGAGGAGGCUAUUUCUCAGCUUCAACAGCAAAAGGAGGAGGCAGUGAUGCAGACUAAAGCUGUGCUGCAAAAACUGGAAUAUGCUGAAUCUUCUCUAGAAGCUAGAGAUCAACAGAUAGUGUCUUUGCAAGAGCAUGUCCAGCACCUUCAAGAGCAGAAGGAGUUAGAAGGCAAGCGGGCCAAGAGUCUAGAGCAGGAUCUAGACAAAAUGAGCCAAAUACUGAAGGAGAACCAUUCGGAGUUCCUCAGGCAGACAGAGCAAAUGAACAUGUCCCAGCUUUGUGACAAAAGCAUGGAAGCAGCACUAACAUCGUGCCAGAAGCAAGUGAAUCUGCUUGAGGAAGUGGUGAGGAAGAAAGAUGAAGACAAUGAAACUCUUAUGCAAAAACUCCAGCACCAAGAAGAAGAACUGAAGACCUUGCAAAAUCUCCAGCUUAGGCUAACUGAGAAGAAUGAAGAGGUCAGACAUGACAGAGAGCAAGAGAAGCUCCUGGAAGAAGCCUUGCCUGAGAGGGAACGAGAGACCAAGGCUCAAGGUGAGCAAAAAGAAGAGGAAAUAAGAGGUCUUCGUGAAGAUCUCCAGCAUGUUCAGCAGACUCUGACAAAGAAGGAUGAAGAGAUCAAGUACCAGAGAGACAGAGUCAGGUAUUUAGAGAAGACUCUGACAGGGAGAGAACAAGAGCUUAGGAAGCAGAGUGAACUCCUGAAACAAUUAACAUCAGCUUUGAGAUGGAAAGAUGACAGAGAGACCCUAAAGAAACAAAUUCAGAAACUCCAGAAAUGGGAGGAAGAGGAAGCCGAGAAGAGGAGGGUUCUCCAGGAGAGAGACCGUUCCUUGCAAAGGCAGAAGGAGCUAACCCAACAACUGGAAGAUGAGCGGAAAGCAAAGGGGGGAGAAUUGGAGCGUGUGAUUGCUAUUUUGAGGCAGACUGAAAGCAGAGAAAUUGAAUGGAAAGAGAAGGCACGAGCACUGACUCUUGCCCUGACCAAGAGUGAAAUGGCCAGUGGGACUCUGAGGGAAGAAAUAGCCAUCCUGCAGAGGAUGGUUUCAGAGAGGGACACGGACCAGUUUCAUCUUCAGCAGGCUACUGCAGAAGGGGAGCAGCUCUCCUGGCUCUCGGAGAAGAGACUCCUAUCACAGCGGCUGGAAUGUCUGCAGCGAGCAGUUGCAAAGCUGGAACUUGAGAAGACGGAGCUGAAGCAACUCAAUGCUGAGCUCAGGAGGACUCUUGAGCAGGUGGAACGUGAACGGAGGAGACUGAAGAGAGAUUGUGGUAGUCAGUCGCUGCCAGAUGCGUGCGGCUUUUCUCUCUCUGACCAGCACAAGGUGCCUGCUUCUCGACAGGAGGAGCCUCACGCUUGCUGCAGUCGAUUAGCUGAGUUGCAGAACCAGGUGUCCCUUCUGCAGACGCAGCUGGCACAGGAACGAAAAUACAAGCAGGACUAUAUCGAGUGCUGUGCAAAGACCAGCCAGGAGCUGUCAGACCUUCAUCAAGAGCUGUCCUACUCCUUAGCAGCUGUGGUCAGGGAGCCCAAAGCUGCUGUUCUGGAGGCAGAGACCCGGAAGCUGGAUCGCUCUCUGAACCUCAACUUGGCACUAAUAUCUCUGGACCAUCGAUCUCCUGAGAGACAGCCAUUGCAUUCAACAGCCAGAUCCGCCAGAAGUGAUGACCUGAGGUAG